CACCGAUCAGAACAGUCGUGUUCGAGCAAUAGGCAAGUGAACAUGACGCAUCACUGUUUGAACUGAUCAUAAACCUGGACUAGUGCCUUUGUAUUUCAUCUUUGAUAUCUUGUGUCAUUCUGAACUACAUGUACUCCUAAAGAAAACAUAAUGCAUUCUGUCAAGAUGUCUGUUACGUGCAGUAUAAUUGUAGUGUUUUCAACUUUAAUGAGUGGAGUUUUGACACAGCACUUUGGUCAUAACCAGGAACUACCCCAUUUCACCAAGGAACCCGCUAAUGUUACUGCUUUUCUUGGGGAAUCGGCUCUCCUGACUUGUUCGGUGACACACCUCGGCGGUAACCAAGCCGUAGCGUGGAUGAAGCUGAACCCGACAUCGUCCUUCCUGACGAGUGGGACACAGUCCUUCGCAUCGGAGCAAGGCAAGCUGGUGGUUGUCGGAGAACAGAUAGAAGGAAAUCUCCAGUACGAUCUGCUCAUCACCAACGUGACAGAAGAUGAUGCGGGCGAGUAUAUCUGCACGGUGGUGGAAUUCGGGGAGUUGAACUAUCGACGAUGGCGUCGAUCUCAGGUGGCCAUUGUAAAUGUCAUCGCCCCGAAACCACGCCCGACUCUGAGAUGUAUUGGAGACCCUAAUCCUGGACACCUGCACGUCGGGGUGCACUUUCGACUGGGAUGUAAGCUUGAUGGCGCAGGGCAUUUGGAUACCAAGAUCAGCAUGAAUUGGACGAAGAAUGGGAAUAUGGUGGUUUCCAGGACAAGAUUUGAAGGUAUCCAAUUUGGAAGUGGGAGAUAUUUUCCGGAGCUGAUGCACCUGUUUCAAGUGUCCGUUCGUGAUAUGGGGGCAGUGUUUGAAUGUUCGGUAGAAUAUGAUCAUUAUAAUGGUACGGAUUGGGGAACUUUCCGAGAUACUUGUACUAUUGAGCCGCUUUAUGUGAAACCCUAUUCCAACCUCGUUCUUCGUAAACGAUCAAUGGCUUCAGUCGACGAAGGACAGGAGGUAAGGUUUCAUUGUCCAUCUGCACGAGGACCUAAAACCCAAGAACCAAUACUUCAGGCUUUUACUUGGAAUAUUGUCCCCACCAUCUCACCGUCGCGAUUUCGGUUAUCACACCAUGGUGACGAACUGAUCAUCCAUCGCAUCAUUGCAGAAGAUAAUGGGCUCAAGAUAUCUUGCUUCAUUCCUCCUCUUUCGCAGACCACUCCAAAACGGGAGCUCUACCUAAAGGUACGAUCCGUUGAUUCUUCCCUACUCUGGGAGCCUCGUCAACCAGCUAUCGUUGUUCCAUUUGGACCAGAGUCACUGACAAAUUCUAGUGAUUCAGUAAACUCAACGGGUGCACCUAUGACAGGAUCUGGUUCUGGUAACGCAACAACGGAUGCCCCUUCCACUGUGACGCCUGUAGCAGAGUUUAACACUAGUCUAACAAUGGAUUCCGGUUCAAGCCCAAACUAUUUGAAUGCAGGGUACUCUGACAAAAUCAACGGGACGGGUAGAGAACAUAACAAUGCCAAUAAGAAUGGAUCAACGGCAACUCAAAAUGCUUUAUCAGUUGGAAACCUGACAAUUGCAUUUCAGCUGAUACCACCAUCAUCCGUAACAGACGCAGCAAAUAUUUUAGCACAAAUGACUUCAUCGUCAUCAUCGUCGUCAUCAUCAUCUUCAUCAUCAUCAUCUUCAUCAUCGUCUGGUUCAUCAGACAAGGGUGACGGUGGUUUGACGGAUACAGGUGAUGGUGGAUACAUGGGUGGUGGUGAUGGUGGCUACAUGGAUGGUGGUGAUGGUGGUUUCAUAGACGGCGGUGAUCCUUUCCUGGGACAUCCAAACCUGGACUACACCUACGACCCUGGAACCGAUGCAGUUAGCCAAAAUAUCAAUCGGACAACCAUCCAACCUAGUGAUCUCACUUCAUCAGACUUCAUCUUCAUCUUUGUCAUGAUCGCCGAAGUUUUACUCACUAUUCUCCUAGUCGUUCUCCUCCUCGUCACCGGACCCGUCUGCUUCGCUUCGAAACGAAACAAGGACAUGGAGCACACAAAAGACACGGACAUUGAGAAAUCAGCAGCGCCUUUUCCGGUCAUAAUUGCGCCGUCGAGCAUGGAAUCGUCGAAAACAAUAAAACCUAUGAAUGAGAAAAUGAAAUCGUCAAAAAUGAUUCCAUCUCCUGGUGAUGUUGUGAAACCCUUGAACAAAGAGAUUCCUACCGUCGAUAUCACACUCUCAUUUGAAAUGAAAGAGAAAUCAAAAGAUGUGGUGAAAGAUUCGAGAAGCGACAGGAGCGAUGUUUCUACCGUAUCCGGUUCUAUCAAAGAUGAACAGGCAAGUGAUGCAAGCACUGUGGAAUUCAAGACAUUUGGAUACCCACGAAGUGAUGAUUCGUCAGAAGCAUGAAUUCAAGAGAAAAUCUUUGAUUGAAUUGAACAAUCUUUGAGGAUGAAAUGUGAAAACAUAUGUAAACUGAUACAUGCAAUGGUAAGCACAUUGUGUCUCCUUAUAGAAUUGUUUGUACGAUGUGUGACUCGAAGGAGCGCCUUCUCGCUUCACUGUCAUUGGAAUGAUGCUUUAUGAAUAAUAGUGCCAAAGAAUUGAGAAAUACGCAGAAUGCAAUUUUGAGAAAAUUGUUUUGAAUGACACAAGAUGAAAUGCAUUCUUGAGGGUAUGUAUUAGAAUGUGAUUGCCAUAGAACUGUUGUGAAUGUGUAAUGACACAUUUAUGUUUGAUUCA